AUGGGUUCUCGUCAAAUAACUGAAAAAGCCUUAACUAUGUUAAGAUCCCUACCGCGGGUGUCAUUGGGUAACAUUCGGGACAAUCCAGGAUAUAAAAAAAACCCUAAACGCGGCCGUGGACAGCAUGGUGGUGACAAACACGGCGCUGGAAACAAGGGAUCUGGCCAGAGACAAAAUUAUAUGCGUCUCGGUUAUGAAACUGGAAAUAACCCAUUUUACUUGAGAAUGCCACAUGAACACUACUAUAAAGGCCAUCAUCUCCGAAGACAAUAUCCACCUUUCUCAUUACAUGAAUUACAGCUGAUAAUUGAUAAGGAUCGUUUGGAUAUUUCAAAACCUAUUGAUAUAGCUUCAAUAGUGAAAAGUGGAAUGUAUAAUUUUACCCCAGAUGAGAAACACUUUGGAAUUAAUUUAACUGAUGUAGGUGCAGAUUGUUUUGCUGCCAAAAUAAAUAUUGAAGUUCAAUGGGCAAGUGAACAGGUCAUAGCUGCUAUAGAAAAAAUGGGGGGGGUAAUAACAACUGCUUAUUAUGAUCCUCAUAGUUUGUAUCUCCUCAGAGACCCAAAAAAAUUUUUUGAAAGUGGACAGUCCAUACCAAGAAGAAUGAUUCCCCCACCAGAUGCCAUAGAAUACUAUACUAGUGCUAAGUCUAGGGGAUAUUUAGCUGAUCCUGAAGAGAUAUCAAAAGACAGGUUGAGAUUGGCACAAAAGUAUGGGUAUGAAUUACAUGUUUUAGAAGAUGAUCCAAAUUAUGAAAUGCUUUGUGAACGCAAGGACCCAAGACAAAUAUUUUAUGGCCUAGAACCAGGCUGGGUGAUUAACUUGAAAGAUCAAUGUAUACUUAAGCCAAAGGAUUCAGAAUUACAAAGAUUCUUUGCCUCUUAA